AUGAAGAACGGCUACUAUCUGGCCGCGUCGGGCCACGUUCAUUGGAACGAUGUUUACAAGGCCAUGGCGAAGGCGCUGGCGAAACGCAACGUGCUUGAUGACGAUGACGUCAUGCAGGCAGAUGAUGAAGCCUUGAAGAAAAUGGGCGAGGCGUUGAAUGUGUCGCCUUCUGCUGUGCCUGUUCUUUUGGGUGGGAUGUGUCGGUUUAUGCCGGAGCAUGGGAGGCAGAUCGGGUGGACUCCGGGGUUUCCGCCGAGUCAUAUUUUGGAGACGGCGGAUGAGGAGGUGGAAUUGAUUUUGGGACAUUUGAAUGUGGAGAAGAAGCCUAUUCGAUAG